UGGAGUCAGGGAGUAUGGUAUUUGUUCGAGUAGUGGAGCGAUAUGGAAAAUUUAUCUUUCAGAAUGUUGAGAAAGAGUAUAAUGAGAUAUUGAGUCACUGAAGUGUGGCAUCGGAACUAAUUAUAAGGAUAACCACAAAUUCUGAAUGUAACAUUCUUUAUGUAAACGUGUAUAAACACGGUAAAAGUACAAAAUUUUGAUAUUGUGUGCAUUUAACAAAGCCUGAGUUUGUGCUGGUGAAGAUCGCGAACAGAAAUAGUAUAAAGUAAUGGUUGAGCCUGUGGUGUUAGUUCAUGGGGGUGCAGGAAACAUCUCCAUUAAUAGAGUUGAGCCAAAACUGGUUGGUGUUUGCACGGCUGCCAGGAGGGGAUACAAAGUACUAAUCAGUGGGGGGUCCGUUAUUGAUGCUGUACAGUCAGCUGUUCAAUAUAUGGAGGAUGAUGAAGCUUUUAAUGCAGGAUAUGGUUCUGUUUUGAAUGUUGAUGGUGAAGUAGAGAUGGAUGCAAUUAUUAUGGAAGGGAGAGAACUGAAAACAGGCUCAGUAGGUGCUAUAAAAAAUGUGGCUCAUCCUGUGGAUGUGGCUCGCCUGGUGAUGGAGAAGACACCUCAUGUUAUGCUGGUUGGUGAAGGGGCAAAGCAAUUUGCCAGUGAACAAGGGGUUCCUGAUGUGCCCAUUGGGCAGUUGGUUACCAAAUUUGCUAAAGAGUCUCUUGAGAAGAGAAAGGCUGGGAGCGUAUCUACCACAACAGAGCUGGGUGGUGUGGGUACUGUAGGAGCAGUGGCUGUGGAUGCACAAGGUCAUGUUGCUGUGGCAACUUCAACUGGUGGUAUUAAUGGCAAACUGGUGGGUCGUGUAGGAGACACACCUGUACCAGGUUGUGGAGGCUAUGCUGAUGAUAAUAUUGGAGCUGUAUCAACUACAGGUCAUGGAGAAUCUAUCAUGAAAUUUUGUUUAGCACGUACCAUUUUAACAUUCAUGGAACAAGGUAAAUCUGCAAGUGAGGCAACACUAGAUGGUUGUACAGCAAUGACAAGAAGAGUUGGAAAUACUGCAGGGGCCAUCACAGUAUCAAAUAGAGGGGACAUUGGCAUUGGUUUCACGUCAGAACGGAUGGCAUGGGCUUACCAGGAGGGAGGGAAGGUGUACUCUGGAAUUAAUAAAGAAGACAAAUUCUGUGAAGAUGCAUAACAUAGCUCAAAAGAUAUAUGUGGUGACUGAAACCCAUGAAACAAAGGGCCACAUCAGUAUGGCACAUGGAAAAGACAGUUUGAAUGUUGUACAUCAGGCAUGUCCAACGAGUCAAUCGACCAGUCGAUCACGGGAUGAUUCUUGGUCGAUCUCAUAGGCCUAUAAGGAAAUAAUACUUGAAAAGCAUGUAAAUUCACUUGUAAUAUUGUA